UACCUCAUGUGACAAGUUCCAAUUUCUAUUUAAAGUCACUGUAACAGAAGUCUCCUCGCUGCCUUUGAAAUCUUUGGAGCAAACCCACCAAUUCAAGGACUCUUACUAUGGGAGCAGCUGCUGGUUUUAGCCUAAUGAAAUGGUUGGUAUGGACGUUCCUGGUGUGCUCAUCUGCAAUGGCACAACUGCACAAUGAUCCCACCCUGGAUAACCACUGGGAGCUCUGGAAGAAAACGUAUGGCAAACAAUACAAGGAAGAGAAUGAGGAAGUAGCACGGCGUCUCAUCUGGGAAAAGAAUCUAAAGUUUGUGAUGCUUCACAAUCUAGAGCAUUCAAUGGGAAUGCAUUCAUACGAUGUAGGCAUGAACCACCUGGGAGACAUGACCAGUGAAGAAGUGGUGUCUUUGAUGACUUCUCUGAGAGUUCCCAGCCAAUGGCAGAGAAAUGUCACUUACAAGUUAAAUCCUAAUCAGAAAUUGCCUGAUUCUAUGGACUGGAGACAGAAAGGGUGUGUUACUGAUGUAAAAUACCAGGGUGCUUGUGGUGCUUGCUGGGCUUUCAGUGCUGUGGGGGCCCUGGAAGCACAGUUGAAAUUGAAAACAGGGAAGCUGCUGUCUCUCAGUGCCCAGAACCUGGUGGACUGCUCAAACAAAAAAUACGGGAAUAAAGGCUGCAAUGGUGGCUUCAUGACAGAGGCUUUCCAAUAUAUCAUUGAUAACAACGGCAUCGAUUCGGAAGCUUCCUAUCCCUACAAAGCCAGGGAUGAAAAGUGCCAGUAUGACCCAAAAAACCGGGCUGCCACAUGUUCAAAGUACACUGAACUACCCUUUGGCGAUGAAAAUGCCCUGAAAGAAGCUGUGGCCAAUAAAGGACCCGUGUCUGUUGGUGUAGAUGCAAGUCACUCUUCUUUCUUCCUCUACAAAAGUGGUGUCUACCAUGAGCCAUCCUGUACUCAAAAUGUGAAUCAUGGCGUACUGGUGGUUGGCUAUGGGAACCUUAAUGGAAAAGACUACUGGCUUGUGAAAAACAGCUGGGGCCUCAACUUUGGUGAUCAAGGAUAUAUUCGCAUGGCAAGAAAUUGUGGAAAUCACUGUGGGAUUGCUAGUUGUCCCUCAUACCCAGAAAUCUAACAGACCUCUUCAUUGUAUAAAAAAUCAAGAAAGAGGGACCACUUUCUCCUAACUUAAUUUAACUUGUUGUAACUGGUAGAAAUAAGUGUGUCAUGAUCAAUGCAUUUUUACUGUACUAAUUAGAAAACA